AUGGCGACGCUUAACGUUCUCGCGUUUGAGCCUGACGGUCGCCCGAUAGAGUUUGCCACUUGGCUUGACGACCUGCAGCUGUUUCUUAUGACGGAUGCCGAAGACGGCGUUUCUCUGUUCGAUCACGCGUCAGGCACUGCCACUGCCCCUGCUGCCACUGAUCCUGUUCUUGACCGCUCACAGUGGCAGACUCGCGAUGCUGCUGGGCGCCUCGCUAUCCGUAACCACCUGCCGAUCACUGAGCGCACGCAUUUUAGUCAGCACAAGACUGCUAAGGCACUGUAUGACGCUGUAGUUGCGCGCUAUUCCUCCCCUGCCACUGUAGCCGUAGGACGCCUCAUCCUGCCUUACCCGUUCCCCGACCUUUCCUCGUUUACCACCGCUGAGGACCUCAUCUCUCACCUCCGCGCUAGUGACGCCCGCUUUCGUGCCGCUCUUAUCGACGAGUUCCUCGCCACGAACACCCCACCGCUGUACUGUACCCUCUACAUCCUUGUCACUCGCCUCCCUGACACUCUUAGCUCAGUCAGGGACCAUUUCCUUGCCAAGGACCCUACCACUAUCACUGACUUCGAGCAGCAGCUCCUAGCAGCAGAGAAGAACAUCCUCGCUGUAGGUGCUGCCCGUGGCACUCCACACACUCCCCUCUUUGAGGGGUGCUCCCCCUCCCCUCUUGCCCCCUCCUACGCCUCAGCUGCUGCUGCAGUCGACCUCCUCGGUGCUAAGAAGGUUGCAGCGGCUUCCGCUCCUAGUGGGAAGCGCGGCAAUGGCAGGGGCGGCAAGGGUGGCAGGGGUGGUGGCGGUGGUGGAGGCGGCGGGGGUGGUGGCGGUGGUGGGGGUGGUCGUGGGGGUGGAGGAGGUGCGUGGGGCGGUGGUGGAACCGGGAGUGGUGGAGGUGGCAGCGGAGGUAGUGGGGGGGGAGGCAGUGGUGGUGGCAGUGGAGGUGGGGGCGGGAGUGGGACCAGCCAUAAGGGGGGUUCCAGUGGUGGCCAGCAGCAGCACCAGCAGCGCCAGACCCCCUCUUCUCAGCAGCUCCAUGACUGUGCUGAGGGUGACUGUUACUUGUGUGUGCCGCAAGACCCCGGUAUAGACCCAGGUAUAGCGCCUGCACCCCUAGGUGCUAGUGAGUCUGCUCUCUUUGGUACUGCGUCCGCUCUGGCCUUGCACACCUUUACACUUGACUCUGGUGCUUCCCGCUGUUUCUUUCGCGACAGCACCACAGUCACUCCCCUUCGUCGACCUGUCCCUGUCUCACUGGCUCACCCCUCUAGGGGCCCAGUGCUUGCACGGUCCACCACUGUGCUUCCGUGUCCGGCGGUCCCGUCUGGUGAGCUGUCAGGCCGCCACCUGGCCACGUUCACACGUGCGCCUGGGUCCAGUCUGUACACCCUCACCAAUGCGUCGCGCUACACCCCUUUGUCUCCCCAGCUGUACGCGUCUGCUCAAGUAGCUACCCAGUGUGAGUGUCGUUGGCUGUCGCACGACACUCUCCUGUGGUACCACCGCCUUGGUAACCCCUCCCUACCUUGCCUUCGGAGCAUGCACUCUCGCUUCCUGGUCUCUGGCCUUCCCAGGUCUCUGCCUGCCCUCCCUCCCUCGCCUGUGCUGCCCUGCAUUCCUUGCGUCGAGGGACAGCAGCGCGCCGCUCCUCACUCCUCCUCGUUCCCUCCCACAGAGGCUCCACUGCAGACUCUCCACUCGGACGUGUGGGGCCCAGCCCGCGUCCGUGGAGAGGGCCACGAGCGGUACUUCCUGCUGGUCGUCGACGACUACACGCGUUACACCACGGUCUUCCCCUUGCAGCGCAAGGGGGACGUCCCUGAUGUUUUGAUCCCUUGGAUCCGCGCUGUUCGUCUCCAGCUCCGCGAGCGGUUCCAGUCGGACUUUCCUGUCCUACGUCUGCACUCUGAGAGAGGUGGUGAGUUCUCCUCAGACCUCUUGGCAGCCUACUGUGCGGAGCACGGCAUCCGCCAGACGUUCACGCUUCCGACCUCUCCGCAGCAGAAUGGGGUUGCUGAGUGCCGCAUUGGCUUAGUCAUGGAGGUCCUCCCCAGGUAG